UUGUUGGAGAAGUGGGACUUUUCUCCAUUACCUCGUGCCUCGUGAUGGGGCAGCUACGCUUUGAUCGUCGGGGAAGUGGUCCAGCUUCUCUGGAAGGCCAUGUGAUGGGCACGUGGAUGGGGAGACACUAAGGUAUUUCUACCUCCGAGCUCCCGCCAUCGAAAACGCGGCUCUGUUAGUAUUUGUUUCCCUUGUUCCCUCGUAUCGACGGCAGGCCACCCUGCAUAUCUACCGCGGUUGAUCGCUCACUGCAAGUUAUUGCAUCUUUGACUUCUGUGAGACCACUUGGCGCAUAUUGCCCUGCACCUUGCAGCAACACAAGUCAAGAUGCCUUUCCUAGGGAUUCUCGACGACAAAAAAAUCCCACAUGUUCCCGGGACAGUCAUUCUCGAAGAAACUGCAGCUCACUCCGAAAGUUUGACCGGAGGACUCAAGCAUGGAACAGGUCGUAACCACAACAUCGUCCUCGUCCCCCAGCCCUCCAACGACCCCAAUGAUCCCCUCAACUGGCCCAUGUCCAAGAAGCUGCGAGCUUUGGGCAUUACUUGUUUUGGGUCUAUCCUCUAUGCGGCCGUCACCAGCGCCAUGUUGAACGCCGCGUUCGCCACGAUCGCCGUCGAAGUCAACACCACUAUCUCAGCGCUCGUCCUCGCCACGGGCUACCAAACUCUCGUCGUGGGCGUCACAGGACCCAUGUUCUCGGCUCUGGCUCGCAAAUGGGGAAAGCGACCGGUGUUCCUGCUCGCGUCCAUUUUCUGUCUCGCCGCAGAUCUUGUGGGAUCCUGCGUCAAUUCGUACCAGGGCAUUCUCACCUCUCGAGUUCUCCAAGGUUUCGCCAUCGCGCCCUAUGAGUCGCUGGUCUUCACGUUGAUCAGCGACAUGUUCUUCGUCCACGAACGCGGUCUCUACGCUUCGUGCAUCAACUUCAUUCUCGCCGGCAUUUCCAACUUGACCGGAGUCGUGGCCGGUCCUAUCGCGAACAAUCUUGGCUGGAAAUGGCUAUACUACCUUCUAGUCCUGUUCGGAGGCAUCCAAUUGAUUCUGCAAUUCUUCCUCGUCCCUGAGACAAGCUACAACCGCGACCACCGAUACGACAUUGACGAGAUCAAGAACGACAACCUCGAGGAUCUCGUGGCAUUGGAAUACCAAGAGAAAUUGAACAUGGAGAAAUUAGGCGCCACGCACGCCGAAGAUGGAACGCCAGUCACGCAAGCCACUUCUCGCGACGUUCCGAUCCACACGUACAAGAAGAAGACGUACGUCCAGGAACUUGCCAUCUUCAGCGGCACCUACUCCAACGAGAACCUCCUGCAACUCUUCAUGGCCCCGUUCGCCGUCGUGCUCAAUCUGGCCGUCGCCUGGAUCCUGCUCAUCAACUCCAUGUUCGUGGUGCUCUAUGUGGUCAUCGCUUUCGUGUUGUCGCAGUUGUUCGCCUACCCGCCUUACCUUCUCAGUGUUUCGGCCAUCGGCUAUCUGAGCUUUGGCCCAUUCAUCGGCGGUGUUUUGGGCUCUGUCAUUCUCGGUGUCCUGUUCGAUCCAUGGAUCAAGUGGUGCGCCCGCCGAAACCGUGGCAUUUACGAGCCUGAGUACCGUCUUGUGCCGGUGUUCUUGGGUGCUCUCUCAGGCGUCGGACUCAUGUUGUUCGGCAAGCUCGUGUCGAUUGGCGCUUCUCCGUACGCCACGGCCACGGUGCACGGAUUGAUGCUGUUCGGAGUCAUGUUCACUUGUAUCGGUACGAGCAGCUACGCGUUGGACGCGUAUCGCGGAAUGGCAAACGAGAUCUUCAUCGCUAGUAUGGCGGUGAAGAACAUCAUUCUGUUUGGCUUCAGUUAUUUCGUGAAUGACUGGACGGCCAAGGUCGGACCGGCGCACGCCUUCUACGUCUGGGGUGCUGUCGCUUUUGCGCUGAUUGCAACCGUCCCCUUUGCCUUCUUCUUCGGAAAGAAGUACCGCAGUUGGUGGGCGAGGCAUGCUUUGUUGGAGAAGAUGCAUGUUACUACUCAUGAAGAGUAAGUGACUGGAGAGUCUGGUGAAUCCGAGAAGGGGAUAGAUCGGACUACACAGGACAAUGUCUACGAGAUGUCGGACGGAAAUGGUGUGUUGUCGAAUGUAUAAUGGCCGCAAUGUACAAUUGGUGUGUCUCUGUGCGGGAGAGUAUUUUAGACUCAACAUAGAAUUCUAGAUUAGAAUUAGAUUCAUGGCCAUUCGGAAUGAGAGCUAAAUUAUCGUGUCACUUCUCAAGAGCCUUGGUCCCUUCAACCGAGUAAGCCAUGGUAUGACUUCGUAGCGGUUUCGCCUACUGCCUCGUAGGUCUGGCAUAGAGCUUCGUUUGGUGCCACCCAAGCCUGACAACCCGAAGAUCCAACCCGGGGCAGCGGUCCAGCCGCUACUCGUG